CAGUCGCUGGUCGCUGACUUUGAUUUGUCGAUGGCUUGUCGUUUGACUUGUCGUUUGACUUGUCGUUGUCGGCUUGAUCGCCCAUCGCCGCGCUGGGCCUCGGCCAACAACCCGAUCUCCCCAUCGCCCUGCUGUCGGCCGGGCCUGUCCUCGCGCAUGCCACCAGCGUCUCUCCUCUCUGUCAUCACCGUCGCCCAGAUCGACCGCCAUGUCGCCUCGUCCGCACCGGCGCCGCACGAGGCAUCUGUCCUCCUGGGUACGUUCCUGCGUCGGCGGAAGGCCCUCGCAACCUUCCCGUCGUCGCCGGCCGCGAGCUCACCGAGCGACCUCUGUCUCUUCUUUGCGGACAGAACCGGAUGCAUUCCUUGUGUGUUUUUGCGGUUUGAUGCUGCCUGGCUAGACCAGACGGUCGUGCUGGCCCGGUGGAGCCUGUCGGUGCACCGGCCAGCCUCGUCUCUCAGCGCGGCGACAGAGCCUACUGCCGCCGCCGCCGUCGCUGCUGAUUCUGCUGCUAUCGGCGAUGAUCGCGACUCUGGCUCUGCUGCAAAUGCGCUUCCUUCCGGCACGUCCGUGGGAUCCGACCGCAGCGAUCUUGCUGCUCCUGCCUUUGGAUAUCUGCGGAUAUCCGCUAUUUUGGCCCCUGUUGCCGCAACCCAUCCCAUCAUGAAGCUGCCAACCUAUACCCUCUCGGAUGCAGACCUGGACAUUCACCGGGAACUCGGCUCACAGCGACGGCAGCGGUGUCAGGAAUCGCUUCGGUUGCUCCGACAACACUCCCCCGUGACCAUGCUGCUCAACUCACCGACGCAGCCGGAGGACGGCAAGCUGCGGGCUCUCCAGGCCCUCGAGAGCCAACGGCGUGUCAGCAUACACGGCCGCAUCCAUGCCAAGAGCGGGCUCAUCGUUGCCGACAACCAGAUCCAGUUUUAUGUCGAAUUGCGCUGCAUGGAGGCUUCUAACGACAGCAGUACAGCCACCCACCAGGCAGAAUCGUCAUCGCCCAUGAUGGACAUGCUUCACGAGGCCUUCCAAAGCUCGGUCCUGACGGCCUUCGUGCUUGUGGUCGAUACCGUUGGCUCGGCCCAAGACACCAGUGUGCCGUACUACGACUCGCUCCAGGUCGGCGAUGUUGUGCUCUUCACCGGCCUCAAAAUCCGCUCGCUGCGAAGCGAGUCCGAGUCCAAGUCUAUCUUGAUGUUUGAUCUCGGCGCAUCCAAGAUGUUCAAGCUGGAGGGCAUCACACUCGCUGGCCUGUGCACCGACGAUGGCCAAGACCCGUCCGAACGCCCAAAUACUGCCUCCGAGACGGCGACAGUCCCGCAACUGUCUGAAUCAAGGCGGCAAGCUCAGCAGAACAAAGUUCGGGACGAGCAUCGAGACGAGGAACAGGACGAGCAUCGAGACGAGGAACAGGACGAGCGCUGCUUCAGGCAUAUUGCCGCCGCACUGACAGCGCCCUUUCAGUCGUCGCGAGAUGUCGCCAACAGGGACUUUCGGACCAUGCACGUCUCGUUCGUCGGCCGCAUCACCCGGGUUAUCAACCAUCUCUACGGCAUCUACGAGAUCGACGGACGCUACACCCUCUAUCUUACUCUCAUGUCCAGCCGGAGCUGCGGAGCGGGUCUCACCGCCAACGUCGAGCUUGCGUUGCAUCACCUGCACUUGAUCGUCCAUACGCCGGCCGAUGCUCCCGCUGUAUCCUCUGGCGACCAACGAGGCUCGACCCAGCGUAUUGUCUCCUUGUUCCCGUGCCUGCACAGCAGCAUCGACAUCCUGCGGUUUCCGAGCGAUGAUGCCUGUGCGGCCACCGACCACAUUGCUUCCCACGAAACACGCGAGCGCCUGCGUUCUCGGUUCAAGCACAUGAACGCCAUAGAUCUGCUCAACUAUCUGGAUCUCCAGCGCUGUUUGCACGAGUCCGUCCAGCUCGACGAGGCGGCGCUUCACAAGUCCAUCUUAUCGAUCAUGGGCCAUUUCGGCCACUCGCCCUACCGCCCGCCAAAGGCCAUCGAGUACUUUAUCCAUGGGCACGAGGAGGCAUGCACCUUUGCGGAGCAGCGGUACCGUCGUCCUGCUCUCGUCACAGUCUCGACCAUGUGCCGUCUUCCGGCCGUCCGCAAAGCACAGACGCAGCUUGACCUGUACUCCCCUAUCCACACCUUUACGGCCGCCGAAUUGUUUGCUGGGCGGCCGAACGUACUCUUGGUCGGGACUCUGGCGCUGUCUCCUGAUGGCGGUUUGCAGCUCAUCGACGCCAACAUGCGCCUGGAUGUCUUUGUCGAGCGUGCCCGUCCAGACGAGUGCUCUCCUCCGUGGCGACUGCUGGACCGUGGUACCGUUGUCGGAUUGUCCAAGUUUAAACUGAUCAUCGAGGCCCUUGGUGCCUCGGAGGACUUUCAGAAUCGAUCGACGAUCCUCAAGACCUAUCUGUCGGCCAGCUGGACUGAUGCUCUGAUCCUGCGUCGGCCCAAAGGUCCUGACAUCCCAUCUAUGCUUCCAAACCAUCCAGGACAACAGCUCAUUCGUGUGGACCAUAUCGGGCCUGUCGCCAGCCGCGAGUCGCAAAACGGUCAAACCUUCUCGGCUUACAUGCAAGCUGUGAUGUGGUAUGUCAAGCGGAGCACCGCCACAGACAACACCUGCAGUAUAGAGCCUCUGACCCGGCCGCACAGGGUGCUGGCUCAGAUAUCGGAGCGUGAACAUCUCUCUGCCUUGGCCGGGCUUCAGGUAGGCGGGCUCUAUCUGUGCCUCGGACUUGUUCCCAUCCGCGAAGACGACGGCUCUGACCACGAGCAGCCCGACUACAGCACAUAUGCCUGCACGGCCUUGGACGACGAGGUAUAUAUGCGGGCCACGAACUCUUUCGCGCUGCAACAAGUGCUGGUCGACGGCCAAGCAAUGCCUCCCGACCUGGAUCCAAAGAAUCCAUCGAUUCUAAGAGCACGCCUCGAGUCGAGCAAUCCGAACUGGUCCGUCUCUGAAUCACCCUUCGACGAUGCGACCGGCCCAACUCUGCAUUCUAUCGCGAGCCUAAUUCGGCACUGCAGCGGGAUGCGCGAUGCGGGAUUCGGCCAAUUCUAUGCACGGCUUUUAGAUGUCACUGGGGUAAUCGAGAGUAAGACGGUCUGCCCGGCCCCUUCAACGUCUCGGCAUGGCUACCAGGAAGGUGCAGCUAUCGCGGGACAUGGCCUUGGACGUGCUGGCCGCGUUCUAGUUGUAGGCCUCGUUUCGCACCAGUCUCGCGAACGCAUCGAUGUCCAUUUCGAUCUGCGCCGGUUAGCACACCCCAUAGGCUUGAUUCCGGGCAUGCAGGUUGUGCUCCGGCGGCUGGCUCUCAAGCGCAAUCGGGCCGGCGAGCUCUUUGGAGUUUCCAUUGCCGACACACGUCUGGAAAUCUACUCUCCAGGGCAAGGGCUGCUGCCGUUUGUCAACUCCCGUGGCGCCGACGAGACCCGUGCGUCCUCCGCGCCAAGCUGGUUCCUUGCCGAUUUUUUCGAUGCUGGCCUGUCCGAUUCGCACCGAAUGAGCACCCAAACUGUGUCCUGCACAAUCACCUUUCUCUGCGAAGCGUCGUUUUGGUGUCAGUGCUCGCGCUGUGGCCAGAUCGUCACUCAUCACGGAUGCACGCCUCGAUGCAAGACGAUUCGCAAGUUCAUGGCCCAGGCCAAAUGUCUUGCCCACGAUAGCACCUUCGAAGCUACCCUGGGCUUUGACUCGGUCGAGACUGUUUCGCAGCUGCUGCUGCUGGACAGUCGGCACAUCCAGCAGCUGGAAGACACCGUCGCCGAGUAUGGCAAAGCCCUCUUUGAGGAUACCCCGCCCUGGUACGAGCAGCACCACGAUCGCACCAAGGACGGUGGCGACUCGGCUGGCCGAGACUUUGGCCCGCCAGACCCAGACGAGUACGGCUCAUCGCAGAUCGACCCUUCAAACUCGUUCGAGUCGCCAUCCAACAAGCUUCUGUAUACGCUCUGCCACCGGGCACGACUCCCGCGCGUUGCCAAGAUUCAGUGUCGCAACGUGUUUGCCCGAUCAAAUCGGUUGAAAUCGGGAUGGCGUCAGGGUGGAGUCGAUGCCGCCGGCUCCACAGCAUCGAGAAUUGCGGCUGUGCACCACCGGGCAAGCGAAGCAACGGGAGCAACUCCCUUCCAGAUAUUGGUGCAGCCAGAAUACCUGCGACAGCGGCGAUUCAAGAACAAAGACGGUGACUCGGUAUCAACGCUCUCGAUGCCACGGCUGUUCCUCAAAGUCACGGAGCUGGAGAGCGUGCCGACGCAGCUGGAGUUGCGUGCGCUGCUCGAUCGGCUGGCGAAGCUGUCACUCUUCUCAGGACCAUCGGGGCGUACAAAGGAAGCUGCUGCCAACGACCCGCAGAUGCAAGCGCAGGCCGGUGCCGGAUAACGGCAGCGUCAGUGCUCUGGCAGGUCGAUGCGGCGAGGCUGCGAGCGGAUUUGGUUAGCAAAUCCAGGGUCCUGCGAGCUGUCUGAAUAUAUCGGCGAUUGGCCUGGGACGUGCUAGACUUGGGGCUGCUUUCAGGCAGCUUUGGCCCGAGUGUGUCUGAAUCGAAUCGAGC